UAAAAAUCAUUUUUAACUUGACUAAUUUUCAAAAGCAGAUCUUCUGGUAUCCCCUUCCGAGAUCAUCGUGGUGGAGCCAGGCGCUCGGCCUCAAAUCCCUGAGCAAUGGAGCACAUAAAGUCUCCAUUCAAAGGGAUUUCCAAGGACUUCCGAGGCAGGAAAGCUUGCUACAAGGAAGACUGGAAGGCUGCAUUCUGCUAUGGCCCAAGAAUGCUGGCUCCAACCACCUACAUUUUUUUUGCUUCUGCUCUUCCCGUUAUUGCAUUCGGCGAGCAAUUCAGCAGAGAAACAGAUGGGAGCUUGAGCGCAGUGGAAACGCUGGCUUCUACCGCUAUCUGUGGGAUCAUACACUCUUUGUUUGGUGGACAGCCCCUAUUGAUUGUGGGAGUUGCAGAGCCAACGGUCAUUAUGUAUAACUAUUUGUUCGCUUUUGCCAAAGGAAGGAAAGAUAUUGGGAAGAAGAUGUUCUUAGCUUGGGCUGGAUGGGUUUGUGUCUGGACAUGUCUGCUGCUCUCCCUUCUUGCAAUAUUUAACGCUUGUGCAAUUAUCAAAAGAUUUACAAGAAUUGCAGGGGAGCUUUUUGGCAUGUUAAUCGCAGUUCUUUUCUUUCAACAGGCCAUUAAGGGAAUGAUAAGUGAAUUUAAGGUUCCUGAACAUGAAGACCCAGAGUCUGGACAGUAUCAGUUUCAAUGGUUAUAUGCGAAUGGCCUCUUGGGUAUUAUAUUCACCUUUGGAUUACUCUUCACGGCUUUAAAGAGCAGAACGGCAAGAUCAUGGCGAUAUGGCACAGGGUGGUUCAGAAGCUUUACUGCAGAUUAUGGUGUUCCUUUGAUGGUUGUUGCAUGGUCAGCUUUGGCAUUUUCUAUACCUGGAAAGGUUCCUUCCGAGAUUCCCAGGAGGCUUUUUAGUCCCCUCCCUUGGGAUUCUGUCUCAUUGGAACAUUGGACAGUAAUUAAAGAUAUGCCGAAUGUGCCACCCCUAUACAUAUUUAUUGCCUUCUUACCAGCUAUCAUGUUCACCGGUCUAUAUUUCUUUGACCACAGCGUUGCUUCCCAAAUGGCACAACAAAAAGAGUUCAACCUCAAGAAGCCAUCAGCUUAUCAUUAUGAUAUUUUUGUUCUUGGUAUUACGACAUUGAUUUGUGGAUUGCUUGGACUCCCUCCAUGCAAUGGAGUACUACCACAAUCCCCAAUGCACACUAAGAGCCUUGCUGUUCUCAAAAGACAGUUGAUCAGAAAGAAGAUGGUAAAGAGUGCCAAAGAAUGUAUGGAACAGAAAGCUAGCAACUCUGAAAUCUAUGGCAGGAUGCAGGAAGUUUUUGUGGAAAUGGAUGCAACUCCAGCUCCUGCUGCUGCUCAAGAGCUGAAGGAUUUAAAGAAUGCAGUUUUGAGACGCGAUGAAGAUGGAAGAACCACUGAUGAGUUUGACCCCGAAAAGCAUAUUGAUGCUUACUUACCUGUGCGGGUAAAUGAGCAGAGACUUACCAACAUGUUACAAUCACUUCUAGUGGGAGCAUCAAUAUUUGCUAUGCCCAUGAUCAAGAAGAUACCAACAUCGGUUUUAUGGGGAUAUUUUGCCUACAUGGCUGUUGAUAGCCUCCCUGGAAACCAAUUUUGGGAAAGAACAUUGCCACUGAUCAUUUUUCCCAGUCGGCGUUACAAGGUUUUAGCAGGAGCUCAUGCUUCUUUUGUGGAGUCAGUGCCCUUCAGACACAUUGCUUCUUUUACAAUCUUCCAGCUGGUGUAUUUUCUGAUUUGUUAUGGAGUGACAUGGAUACCAAUUGUUGGGAUAUUGUUCCCCUUGCCAUUGCUUCUUCUGAUAGUCCUAAGACAGCAUCUGCUCCCAAAACUAUUUCACCCACAUUACCUUCAUGAGUUGGAUGCAGCUGAGUAUGAGGAAAUUGCUGGAGCUAGAAAUUGGGGUCAUAGCGUCCGAUUCAAGGAGAUGGAGCAAAAUCAUAUAGGGGAUGAAGAUAGUGAGGUGGAAACGUGUGAUUCAGAGAUAUUGGAUGAGCUGACAACAAGCAGAGGAGAGCUGAAGCAUAGAUCCAGAAGCUUCAGUGAAGAAUGGCUUGCUCAGGUUCAUCCAACAGAGAUUGAGCCGGGGAACCAAGUGUAAGACAAAAAGACUAUUGAUUCAUGAUGGAAAAUUGCCACUGCAUUGCAGACCAAGCUUCCGUAGAAAGACUGAGAAAAUGGAGUAAGAGAAGCAUAAUAGAGUAGUACAGGAAUUAUUUAAUUUUUUCUUCCUUUUUCUAAUUCUUCUUAGGGGAUUCUUUGCUAUAGUUUUUAGUAGCAUGAUUUUAUAUUGUCUUAUUUACAAUAUCUUUGAUAAUAGAUUAGUACGCACAAGAGCUAACAAG